UGAUAUCUUGACGUAUUUCCUCAUCGAAGGUCCAAUUCCCAUUCCUCGACAACAACUCGAACCACUGGGGAUCUCAUAGACGCGUCUGGCUUCUUUAUGUUGUCAACAUAUGACUUUGAAGAGAUAAAUGGCCUCGGUUGUCGAGAUGAAAUCUAGUGAUAGUAUGUCGGUCUCGACCAGGGCUUCCAUGACUGGAGCCUUGAAGUCACCAGUCACUACAGAGAUCGAAAUCAAUUUUCCACAGCUGUCCGACAAAAGUCAAGUCCAGCAACUCUUGACCAAGUUUCGUCAAAAGUCAGGUCGAUCAGCUAAGGACGAGCUCAAAUCCCUACGAAAGCUGCACGAGGGCAUCGAUAGGUGCGACUACAAGGCGUGUCAUAAAGCUCUAGCGGAUAAGGCGAAUCCAAAUGCUGGGCUGAAACCGACGUCCCUCACUCCAAUCCAUCGAGCUUUGGACAGAGCCGAGAAGUGCAUCGAGUCGGACGACAAAGCAGCAGCCACCGAGGCUAUCCGCAUCGUGUCGGCUCUGGUCAUCGCUGGGUCAGACCUUGAGGUUCGUGACAAUGAAGGUCGUUCUCCACUCAUCCGCGUGGCGAAAGGCGAGAUGACGGAUGAUCUUGCCUCUCUCAUGAUCGACUUUGGAGCAAAUGUCAAUGCUGUUGACAAGCAAAAGAACUCGGCACUGCAUUAUGCGGCCAUGAGCUCGGCCUUACCAGAAAUGAGAAACACUGAGCUUGUCCGGAUACUAGUCACGAAUGGUGCCGACAUCAGUAUCAAGAACGACCGUGGUCGAACACCACUGUUCACGGCCGUCCUCUUCGAUCACCUGGAACGCGCAGAGGACCUGCUUGAGCACGGAGCCGAUGUUUCCACGACGGACAUCAACGAUCGAACGCCACUCUAUACCGCUGUCAUCCAGGGCUACUCUCGGAUGAUCAAGCUUCUCUGCGCGAGCGGAGCCUACGUCGAUAUCAAGGACAAGAACGGCCAGACGCCCUUGCAUUAUGCAAUAUCGCACGGUCGCAGCGAGGUUGCGGAGACGCUCCUAGCCGCUGGGGCCGACACCAACCUCGUGUCCAAGGGCGAGACACCGCUGUGCCGUGCCACGUCGAAAUGCAACCUGCAGAUAAUAGACCUCUUGCUGAGACAUGGCGCCGACGUUGCAGUUCCAUCGCCCAACUACGGCGGCGCGCUGGCGAUACACCUGGCGGCUAUUGGGCCGAGCGCCGAGGUGCUGAAGCGCUUGUUGGAGGCUGGCUCGCCGAGCAGCGCACAUGAUGACUCUAAGCGAACGCCAGCAGAGUGGGCCGUGGAAGCUGGAAAGCACGAGAACGCACGGCUUCUGCAUGCGUAUGCAGCCGGAUGAGCUUCCGCAGAGCCCGCCCGUGG